UUUGCAUGCCAUUUCACAACAUUUUUAUUAUUAUUAUUAUUAAUCAGUGGGGGGUUUAUAAGAAGAAGGCACUAAUUAAUAAUACGUGAUUAGUUAAGGACAAUUUGUUUGGAUGGGAAUGAGGUCAUUAACGAGUGUUGUUGGGGUUUCUCUUUUGCUGGUUUUGUGUGUUAAUGUUGUCGUCUCCGCGACGACGUUGGUUGAUGACCAGAAGUUUCUUCCUAGGCCUCACUUUGGUUUGCCCAUUAGGAAAAGGUUCGGUCAUGGGUUCGGCCCGGGCGGUGCCGGGGCAGGCGGUGGAUUCGGAGGCGGUGGAGGUUUUGGUGGCGGAGGAGGCGGAGGAUUCGGGGGAGGAGGUGGGUUUGGUGGUGGUGCAGGCGGUGGAUUGGGAGGCGGACAUUGAUCGAUCAUCAAAUCUCCGGCGGCGGCCAUGCAACCCCUCAUAUUGUCAUAUUUUGUGUGUUCAAACUCUAAAUUAAUUAAAGUUGAGCAAUUCUUUAGGCCAAGCCAAAAAUAUUGUGUAUCUUCUUGAUUAAAAUGAUUAAUUAAGAAAUUAAACUGGUACUUAAUUAUUAAUCCGAGAUGAAAUGAUGUAUUAUUGGUACCGGUGGUCAUUAUUAUUGUUGUAAAAAUUCAUAUCCAUAUUUAUUAACAGAGCAGCUCCAUAUGUC